UUCCUAUAGUAUAUAUUUGACUAUAUUUUUGUCAUUAUAUUCCACUGCACGAACUGAUACAGUAUUUAUCAAUUUGGUGUAGGCUCAAAAUGAACGCGAAGAUAAUGCACAACUUCGACUUGAGAACGAGAAGCUUCGGAUAAAAUUGUUGAAAUACGAAAACGGUUUGGCUCAAGUUUGCUGUCGAAAAUGUGGCUGCCAAGUCUUUGACGCAACGUUCAUAUUCUCCUUUCUUGGUGAAGAUGACGCCGCUAACUUUCAAUGCCACCGCGGCGGCGGCAUGAACCUCCCCCCUCCCCGCAACCCGGCCCGCCCUUCUACUUCAGAACUUGCUCCGCCUCCAUCCCCUCUCGGUGGCGUGCAAAUAAUAAACAGUCACGAUAGAUUUCCAUCUUUGCCGCAGAGCUCCGGAAGCGUGAUUGGAUGUAGGCCGGGGCAGGGCAACCCGGCCAUCGGUAGUUCUACGGGGGCGGGGAUGUUAAUGCCCCCGCCUCCGGUCCCUGCUUACCGCUAUGGGUGCACUAGUGCUGCAGGCGCCAGACCCAGUAGAAUGCCGCCCCCGGCUUACUUGUGCGGAAACCCCAGUAGUUCGGGGGCGGCGAUGCCGAGGCCCCAGCUGCCGGCACGUGAUUCGCACUCGGGGAGCACGAGUGCUGCACGGGAUGCGCCCGAUGGACACACAGCCGCCGUCGUGUCCCAGACUUUCCGGGAGAGACGGCAGUUGGUGGUGGACAUGGCGAUGAGUGCUAUGGACGAGUUGGUAGAGAUGGCCCAGCUGGUAGAGCCACUUUGGGUGGUUGAUCCCUCCUCGUCUAGAGUGCUGCAGCUAGACGAAGCAGAAUAUGCUUCAAGAUUUGUACUUUCUGCCCCAAACCAGCUGCAGCCGUCCCCUGGGUCUAAUAAUUAUAAGGCUCAGGCUUCGUGUGGAAGUGCCAUUGUGAGGAUGAGGCUUAGCAAGUUGCUCCAGAUUUUCUUAAAUGUGAGCAAUUGGGCAAGUGUGUUCUCUAGCAUUGUCUCAAAGGUUGUGAGGGAAGAUUUUCUGUCAAUUGGAGUGGCAGGGACCCACGACGGAGCUUUACAAGUGAUAAGUGCUGAUUUUCAUGUUCCAACACCACAAGUUACACCAGAAAGCCAUUACUUUUUGAGGUAUUGCAAGAAGAAUUGCUCGAAUGGAACGUGGGGAAUUGUGGACGUUUCCAUAGAUAGACGUUUGGGUAUGACGCCUGUGGGAAGAAGCUCGAGGCGGCCAUCUGGUUGCCUCUUUCAAGAGACUCUAAACGGCCAUACAAAGGUCACAUGGGUUGAGCAUAUGGAGGCACAUGGGGGCAAUGAAGCUGUCAAUAUUUACAAACGUCUACUUUGCUCUGGUAUGCCAUUUGGGGCAAAGCGCUGGAUUGAGAUAUUGGAUAGCCAUUGCGAACGUAUUGCUUGCAUGAUGUCCUUAAACAUGCCCUCUCCUACUAAUCUAGCGGUAAUUAAUCCAGAGGGGAAAAGGAGCAUAUUUAAACUUGCAGAGAGAAUGGUUAAUGGCUAUAUGAAUGCGGUUAGUGGUUCCAUAGUGCAUCCAUGGAAAGUCAUAUCCGGGACUGGUGUGGGUGUUAAUGAUGUGAGAGUCAUGAUAAGGAAAAACAUUAAUGAUCCCAGGACACCUUCCGGAACUAUCUUAUGUGCAGCAACAUCUUUUUGGCUUCCUUUGAAACCAAAAAAUGCAUUUGAUUUCCUUCGCGAGGAACGUAACCGACUUCAGUGGGACAUGUUUUCCGGUGGAGGCUACAUGGCAGAAAUAACCAGCAUGAGAUAUGACAGGGAAAUCGGCAAUAGUGUCUCAUUAUACAUAGGUGAGAAUUGCUCUCAGGGUAACACAAUGAUAUUGCAAGAAAGUACCACCAACUCCACAGGUUCCUUUAUCAUUCACUCUUCAGUUGACAUGACGAAAAUGAAAGGCGUUUUUAUGGGUGGAAAUCCUAAAUUUGUAUCACUUCUUCCUUGUGGAAUCAUUAUACUAUCCGAUGGAGAACUAGGAGAUACCUCUAGUGGGUCUCUUUUGACAAUCUCAUCCCAGAUUUUAGUUGAUCCGGAUCCUACUGCACAAUUACCUCCAGAAUCGAUUAAGAGUGU